GGAGCUUAGGUUGCACCAAUGGCAGAGACACUGCCCCACACAAGCUCCUGUAUCAUGUCGUCACACUGCCUUCCCCCCUUCCCUUUCCUUCCCACAACAAUCAAGAAGUGACGACCAUUCCUUACGAUCGAAUGCGCUGGGACAGUUACACGUCCAAUCUCUCGACAACGAGCUGAUAAACUUCUCAGGUCCCUGGACUGAAGAGCUAUCACCAUGGCUGAUUCCAGUCUGGUUCAGACCAGUCUCAUCUGGGUCGCCUAUGCGGUCGCAGUCGUCUUGGCCCUCCUGGUGGCCAUCAUCACCUCAUUUACCUGGCAAACCCCACGCGAGCGAUCCGCGGUUGUUAGCUUGGUCGCAAUAAUAAGUCUGACGGCCCUUCUCGCAACCGUGUUUCUGCUGCCCGUCGACAUCGCACUUGUAUCGUCGACUACGUCGACUACCCUUGGUGCCAGAAAAGACUGGGCAACGGAUAAACGAGUUGCCAACAUCCUCCUGACGUUGAAGAUUGUCUACUACAGCCUCUACAGUUUUGAUGCCUUACUCUGCCUCAUCGUCAUCCCCUUCGCCUAUUUCUGGUACGAGGAGUAUGAUGAGGUUGAGGAGGAAGAAGGAACUAGGACCUUCGGGAGCCGGCUGUGGGGAGCCUUGAAGUACACGAUAACCUUCGUCAUCUUGGUGGUCAUCCUGUUCUUGAUUGGGUUCUUCGUUCCCGCUGCCGGAAACCGCGUGGGGAAACACCUGGAUCUGGACUACUUCAGGCAUUUGUUGGCCGAGAACAAGGGGGAGAAGGCCUUGACGUUUGCGCUCGGGUUACUCAUGACACUGGGUACCUUGCUCCACGUAUUCUACACCGGCGCCGGGCUCGCCCUACUUCCCAUCUCGUUUAUCAAGUCGGCACCCUCCAUCUCGGCCCCCCAGGUCUCCGAGAACACGGCUUCGGCACUGGAGCGGAAUCGGGAACGGCAAAGACAAUUGGAAAUGCGCAAUGCUGGUCGCUCUGACGGCAUGCCGCAGAAAGACCAGCGCGAGCUCGAGGCUUUGAUGCGAGAGGAGCGCACCCUGGUGCGCCGAGAACGGAUCGCCGCCGGCGCCCGUGGAGAAGGACACAGCAACGUCUUUAGGGCCUGGACCAAGCUCCAGGCAGUCUUCCGACCUCUGAAAUUACUUGGAGGCAUAUUCUUGCUCCUGGUUUCGAUCUUGGUCUGGGUAUCAAUGCUCAUUACAGGAAUCGACAAGGCUGCGAACUCGGUCUGCAAGCAGCAUUGCGGUUACAUCCUCGGCCAUAUCAACAUCUUCCAGCCGAUGAACUGGAUCUUCAUGAAGUCGGCCAACGCAUUCCCCGUCGACUAUAUCCUCAUGGCCCUUCUCGUCUUCUUCUUCUUCACCAGCUCCAUCUCCGGCAUUGCGAGCGUGGGGAUCCGUUUCCUCUGGGUGCGAGUCUUCCAGAUCAGGAAGGGCCGAACCGCACCACAGGCUCUACUCAUCGCCACGGUGAUGCUGGCCCUCAUCAUCCUCGCCAUCAACUACUCGAUCGCCAUGCUAGUGGCGCCACAGUACGCCAUAUACGGCACGCAGACCUUCUGCGUCAACCCAACGCGCCACCCCGGCGACCGGCCCGACUGCCGCGACCACCCCGAGAUGGUCGUGCCCUGCUCCGAAGGCCUCAAACACGAUGCCGCAAAGGACGUGUGCACGCCGUCGGUCAUGUCGACCUUCCUCAACCGCAUCUCGCUCAACUGGCCCGUCUUUGGCGACGUGGGCUUCUGGGCCCAGUUCGCCUUCCUGGCCAUCUUCCUGAUCGUCUUCGUCACCAGCCUAUUCCGGGUCCCGAGGCUGAACCUGAGCGAGCUGGAUGAGGAGGCCGAGGCGGACGAGGAGGAGGGCCUGCUCGCGAGCACGAGGAGGAGGUUCGGCGCCAACUGGCAGGACGUCACCGGCCGAGCCGGAAACCAUUCCGCGGAGGCGCCGGAUGGAUCGUAUGGGACGAAUGGAAAUGGCUCUGGUUCUAGGGCGUAAAGGAUGGUCGGCAGGCUAUAAGUCUGUGGCUGAGGCUUCGCCGCAAUUGAUGGUUGUUCAGAAAGGAACUGAGCCCAUGCCAAUAAAUUGUACCCCUGCAGGAAAAUGUAACGUGUUUAAUGACAGGAUUUCUGGAAAGGAUCUCUGGAAAGGAAUUAGGCGGAACACGGAAGGGCAUACACGAGGGUGGAAUGUACUGGUUUGUGAUGGGCGGUGUUUUUUUUGCUUGGAUGGAUCUGUUAUUCGCAAUGGGCCUUUGUACAAUACGAUACAUGAAAUUGUAAGGUGUGAUAUGUAGGCAGGCUAUACCGGACAGGUUUAAGGAUUUCGAUAUGACUACCUCCUCUCAAA